AUGUCGCAAUUAAUGUCGUAUGUGGACCGCCGCGUAUCGGUCAUUAUGAAUGACGGCCGGCUGGUGGUGGGCACGCUGCGGGGCUUGGAUCAGAUGACAAACAUCAUCAUGCAGGCAUGCCAGGAGCGCAUAUUUUCGGAGGACGACGGCGUCGAGGUCGUCAAUCUCGGCCUGUACUUGAUCCGCGGCGACAAUAUCGCAGUAGUGGGUCUGAUUGAUGAAGAGGCGGACAAGGAGCUGGAUCUGGACGCGCUACGGGGAGAACCGCUGACACCGCUGACCCACUGA